UAUUCUUGUGUUUUUUUUGUUGAUCUUGUUCUUCCUACACCAAAAAUAAACAAUAAAAACUGAAUACUAGAAGAUAAACAUAGAAAGAAGGAUAUAUUGAUCAUAAACAUGUGUAUAUAUAGUUAAUUUAUUGAUAUGAGUAAAAAAAUAAAGAAGUAGAUUUACUAAAAUGGAGUCAUCUUCAAUCGUAAGUUUCAACAAUGAUUCAGCGUUUCAGAACACACUGAAGCCUGAAAACAACGUUAGUGUACAUGAAUUGGCUCUCCACGCCAUGCGGGACAGAUGUCUAUUGCUACAGAGAAGAAUAAACGCCUUAGAGGCUGAUAAUAUGCGUUUAAAGAUGGAUAUCAAUAAAAAUAGUGACAACUCCCCAUACAUUCCACUGCAAGAAGAUGAGAAGUUAUCUUUGCAUCAAAAGAUAGCAGAACUGAAGAAACAGAAGUCGCAGCUCAUGCACCACGUGUUCAUGGUCUCCUGUGAGAACAAAAAUUUGUGGAACAAAGUGUCGAGCAUUAACAAAACUGAUAAACCCGCACCCACCAAACUGGAGUAUGGAAAACAACCUCUACUCCGCACAAAUACAUACAUACAGAGCACACCGAAGACCAGCGCAGCCAACCAGGAGAAGUUUGCAGAAACUAGCUUAGAAGAGAUCUCACUCAAGCUAAUAAAUAGUUAUAUUCAAGAGAAGUCUCAACUGGUAGAACAAUAUGAGCAGAUGACUCAACUUCAGGAUGAAGAUGUGCUGAAUCUUGACUCAAUAGGUUUUGCGUACAUGGAGGAACCGGCAACAGAUUCUCUAAAAGAGAUUUUGAGCCAGACAGAGAAAUUGCACAAUAUGAAAAAAGAAUUAGCACAGCAGGAGAAAGAUUUAAAGUUAGUCAUAUCCAGAUUAGAAAAUAUUUUACAAGAUGGGUACAAAUGUGCCACUUGCAUAAACAGAAACGGAAAAACGGUAGCAUCAGAACACAAGGAAAUAGAGACUAGCGAUAGCUUAGCCAACUUUGGCACUCCCGCAGAUUCUACAACAUUUAAUGAAAAUGUUUGCGAAGGGAACACUUUAGCAUACAAAACAGACCAGGAAGCUAAUGAAAAAAGGGAUGAAUACACUAAUAUGAUAUGUCCAAUGUGUGGUGAAACAUUCCCAGAAGAAACAAAGUUUACAGACUUUCAGUCACAUGUGGAGCAACAUUUUACAGGAGAAAUAGAACCUGAUUCUAUCAUUGACACCUUUGAUAACAUUCCCAAUUCGAUUGAUAAUAUGAUCUAGAUCUUUGUUUGUUAUAAUUUAUUGUGCUUGUACCUCAUGUAUAUUUUUUGCCAGUAAUUAAAUUAAACUAUAUUGUUUU